AUGCCAAAAGUGCCAAAACUGAUCAAAAAUGCCAAAAGUGCCGAAACUGACAAAAAAAUGCCAAAACUGAUCGAAAAUGCCAAAAAUGUUGAAAAUGCCAAAAGUGCCAAAAGUGCCAAAAUGCCAAAAGUGCCAAAACUGACAAAAAAUGCCAAAACUGAUCAAAAAUGCCAAAAAU